GUUUUAUCUAAGCUUUGGCCUCUUUUGCCCUCCAAGCAAUGCAGUGUCCAUGACCAUGACCAACCCCAUGGCGCUACCUUGGGCUUGCUGCAGCCAUGCCUGUCCAUGCCACUAUAUAACCAAUGUCUCCCUGCACCCUGAGGAGACCGAAGAGACAUAUCUAGAGUGAGAAAAUUCAUCUCUCUCUCUAGAGAGAGAGAGAGGUGGCACCAAAGCUCAAGCUCAAGCUAGAGAGAGAAAGGUACAAAUCAUCUACACACAGCAAUGGGCAACAGCCUUAGGUGCUGCCUCGCCUGCGUCCUCCCCUGCGGCGCGCUGGACCUGAUCAGGAUCGUCCACCUGAACGGCCGCGUCGAGGAGUACGGCCGGCCGGUGGCCGCCGGCGAGAUCCUCGCCGCCAACCCGAACCACGUGCUGAGCAAGCCGUGCUCGCAGGGCGUCGUGCGGAGGAUCCUCAUCGUCUCCCCGGACUCCGAGCUGGAGCGCGGCGAGAUAUACUUCCUCAUCCCGGCGUCGUCGGUGCCGCCGGAGAAGAAGCAGAAGGGCACCAAGAGCCUCUCCGCCGGCUCGCACAGCGACCAGCUGGUCAAGAAGGAGAGCUACCAUGGCAAGGCCGGCGGCCACCCCAAGAGCAAUGGCCGCCGUGACUUGGGUGACGCCUUGUCGCAGAAGAGGUCGUCGUCACACCGGCGGCGCAUAAGCGCCGGCCGGACGGCAGUGUGGAAGCCACACCUCGAGUGCAUUGUUGAGGACAGUUGAGCAGAGGUUGAUCCAUUUUUUUUCUUUUUUUUUGGUUUUCUGAAAUCAAGGGGGGUUGAUGUAAGUAUGUAACACCAUCACCACCAGUAUGGUGUUUGCUCUCUUUGUGAGGUUAGUGAGUAUUUUUCUACUUUUUUUUGGGUAAUUGUAUAUCCAUGUAAUGUUUCCCCUUCCUACAUAUGAUGGAAAUGGAGAGGGAGGGUUGUCAAUUCUUCCUUGUUCU